GGUGUCGUUGCCGGCCGGCCGCCAGUCGAUCGUGGUAUGUCUACGGAGCGGUACGCGCGCUGCCGCCCCUCGUUGACACUCAUUACUUGACGCGAUCGUAACAUACCGCGCGCACUCAACACUCGCAACGGACGGUUCUCUGUGGUUGGUGGUCGUAACUAUCGACGGUGUCUGACAUCGGCGCUUUAUGCCCGUAUGAUUUUCACAACUUAAUCAUAGAACAAAAUGUGCUGGAUUUACGUGCCUCCUACAAUAGUGCUUGAACAGGUGCAGCUCGCGAGCGGCAGCUAGUGUUGCGGUGAGACCGCUAGUGAACUCGGUGACUGUGUGAACGUUGGGGCGGUCAGUAACCGCUAGGGAUUUAUAAUAAAUUUGCCGCUCGGUGCGGCCGAGCAUGACGAUGGACCAGCAGACAAACCUCAUGUCCCUCAACAUGUCCCCGUUCGAUCUGAGUCCCGGUCCCGAAGGAUCGGGAUCGGGCGGAGGUCCCUCUGGAGCCUCGCAACAAUACGUGCCACAAGGCGCCGCGUAUCAAUGUCCACCCGAACAGCAAUCCUUUGGCUAUGCCAACCUGGACGCCUCAUAUUUAUUUCCAACAGGCCCUGGUGGUGAGGCCGGAGCCUAUCUGCCCGCAGCCGGUGCCGUGUGCGACCAGACUGACACCAAGGACGUGAUCGAGGAACUGUGUCCUGUUUGCGGAGACAAAGUCAGCGGCUACCACUACGGCCUGCUCACAUGCGAAUCAUGCAAAGGUUUCUUCAAGAGAACCGUUCAAAACAAGAAAGUUUACACGUGUGUAGCUGAGAGAGCCUGCCACAUAGAUAAAACACAAAGGAAGCGAUGUCCCUUUUGCCGAUUCCAAAAGUGCCUCGAUGUCGGCAUGAAGCUUGAAGCCGUACGAGCCGACCGCAUGCGUGGAGGCCGGAAUAAGUUUGGUCCCAUGUAUAAACGCGACCGCGCUCGCAAACUUCAAAUGAUGCGACAAAGACAAAUAGCAGUGCAAACGCUACGCGGCUCUCUCGGUGAUGGUGGUCUCGUGCUCGGUUUCGGCUCACCUUACGCAGCCGUGCCCGUGAAGCAAGAAAUCCAGAUCCCGCAGGUGUCGUCGCUAACGUCGUCGCCGGAGUCAUCACCGGGCCCGGCGCUGCUGGGCACGCAGCCGCAGCCGCCGCAGCCACCGCCGCCGCCUGCGCACGACAAGUGGGAGGCGCACUCGCCGCAUUCGCCGGACGCGUUUGCGUUCGACGCGCCAACCAACGCAGCAGCUACGCCAUCCAGCACCGCUGAACCCACAAGCACGGAAACCCUUCGAGUUUCACCUAUGAUCCGCGAAUUUGUUCAAACUAUCGACGAUCGCGAGUGGCAAAAUUCGCUGUUCGGACUCUUACAGAGCCAAACCUACAAUCAAUGUGAGGUGGAUCUCUUCGAAUUAAUGUGCAAAGUGCUGGACCAAAACUUGUUCUCUCAAGUGGACUGGGCAAGAAAUACAGUGUUCUUUAAGUAUCUAAAGGUUGACGAUCAGAUGAAACUCCUGCAGCACUCGUGGUCCGACAUGUUGGUGUUAGAUCAUCUGCAUCAGCGGAUGCACAACGGUCUGCCGGAUGAAACGACGCUCCAUAACGGACAAAAGUUCGACCUGCUUUGUUUAGGCCUCUUGGGCGUACCGGCUCUGGCGGACCACUUCAACGAGCUUCAGAACAAACUGGCCGAGUUGAAGUUUGACGUUCCAGAUUAUAUCUGUGUUAAAUUUUUGCUUCUCCUAAAUCCUGAGGUGAGAGGCAUCGUAAAUGUGAAGUGCGUACGAGACGGUUACCAAACAGUGCAGGCUGCGCUUCUAGACUACACUCUAACCUGUUAUCCUACAGUUCAGGACAAAUUCGGUAAACUGGUGAUGGUGGUGCCAGAGAUCCACGCGCUGGCGGCGCGGGGGGAGGAGCACCUGUACCAGCGGCACUGCGCCGGCCAGGCGCCCACGCAGACCCUCCUAAUGGAGAUGCUACACGCUAAACGCAAGCCAAACGGAGGCGAAAUGGUUAACCGGAGUGCCGAGCACACGUCAACUCUAGACAGAUUGUGCGGUUUCCUGCCAAGUGACACGAUUGAGCCGCAUUCUCCAAUAUAGAAUCUUGAAAACCCAGUGAAGAAUAAAGAGAACACUGCAUACGCGCCAAGCGCUCCCGACAUCACGUCAGUUAGAAUAUUAUAUUUAAAUAAAACUUAUUAAUUAGUUUUAGUUUAUAACUUGGUGUGUGAUUAAAUAUAAUAAGUUAUUGCGCCGAGUGCCGGCCGGCGGUGCCGCGCGUGCCUAGUCCGAAUACAGAUAAAACAAAUAUUUAUCUAUCUAAUUUCUGUAAAGUAAUGUUAUACAAAUAUUGUACACCAGUCUUGAGUAGCUACGAUUAACUUAUUUAGCAUUCUCAUCACGUUAUUCAAAAUUGAGUGUGGUAUCUACUUUUUAAACUAGGUUUUCUGUAUCUCCGGUACGUGGGUGAAGAAGAAUUACAAUACAUAUUUUAAGAAAGCGUCUGUGAUUAUAAUAAAUGGAGAAAUUCGAUGAAAACCGUUAGAUUCAUUACGUAUAGUAUAAAAUGAUUGCUAGUUUUUGUUUUGUCUAGCAGCAUGUUAAGUUCGACGUGUCACGUGGCAGGCCGCAGACUGGGCGCCUGCCCGCUCUUAAUUUCGGCGUUACUUACUAUACAUACGAUAUACUGUUUAUGUUGUUUUUAAGAGUUUGGAGCACCUACGCGGUACGUGUAAUGUUUAACCAGUCUUCACAGAUAUACGAGUUGUGUUCUGUAAAUUACAUGUAUUUGCAACGUAAAGUGUAAAAAGUAUGCGUGUGUAAUGCGUAUCUAAUGCAAUAAGUUUGUUAACUAGUGUGUGCGGCAACUUGCAAUUGGCGCAGUUUCUAUAUUUGGCUUGAUUGAGAUGUUUAAAAUUUUUAUCAAAUGUUGUCAUUUGAAAAAUAAAAUUGUUUAAAUAUAUUAUAAUAGUAAGGACAAAAUAUAAAUCAUGUUUAAAAAUCACAGUUAUUCACUAUAGAUAUUUAACUGAGUGUUGUUGUAAGAAAAUAUUCGAUUAUUAUUAUUGGCCAUACCAGUACAAAAUCAAAUGAUCCUUGUAUAUAACAUAGCACAUUUACAGUGAUUUAUUCUACUUAAAUUGUAAUUAUGUAAAAUAUUUCUCAACAUACGUGCAAGAAGCCUUAAAAAUCAUAGAUUUUUAAAAAAUAUGGGUACUAGCGUCUACCGGCUAAUGGCCGAGGGAGAUGAUGUAUUUUUAUAUAAAACAUAUUGUUCUUUAUUAACAUAUAUAAUAUGUUAACUGAAAGUACAUAAUUUCGUAUUUUUCUAACAAUUAAAUAUAAUAGUGUUCGUGAGCAUGUGUAAUAAUCUACUUAAAAAGUGGAAUUUAUUAUACAUAAUAAAUAUGAAAUUAAUCUAAAAUUAUCAUUCGUGUGUAGAGUUCUAUAAAAUGACGUUACAAAUUUGAUUUGAAAACGUUUUAUUUUUGUAAUGUUUUGGCGUAAAUUGUUUGUGGUCAACAAAGCCCAUUUCAUAAACGGUAGCCAAGCAUGCGCCAGCACUCGCAUUACGUACAUUGAGACCGAAGUCAGAACAUGGCCAGGCACCAGUGUUGUGGAAUGGGCGCUCCAAGUACAUUAUUUGUGACGAUUAAUCUUAGUUGAUUGAAAAAUGUGAUUGACAGUAGGUAUGUGUUUUCAAGUGAAUGUUAUAUUUUAUUACUAUAUAAAUAUUUUUAUCAUGUCGUAGCACCAAGUGCGAAUGUAUCGAUAGUAGGCUGCAUCAACGAGUAGUAAGUAUAGUAAUGACGAGGUGAUGAGUUAUAAAUUGUGUUUAGCUUAGUGAUUCUCACAUAAGGUCUACGUGUACAAAAUUAUGGCACCGCGUUUAUUCUAUAAUACCGUCCAAUCAACCGAGUAAUUUUAUUGUCAUGACAUAAUGUUUUAGGGAUUCGAUUAAUCUUUGUUGCAAUUGUAAAUUGAUCGGACACGCCGUACGAGGUAAUGCUAGCUUGAUAGAGUGAGGUUAACUACUAAGUUAUAUCAAAUUCACGAAAUAGGCGACAAUAGAACGGAAUGUAAUUACCUGGUCUAAUGAAAUAAUAGUUACAUAUUAUAGUAGCGAUCAACUUAAACGAAGUUCCUUAAAAUGUUGUUGUGGUACAAUUUUUAAAAUAUACAAAUGUAUGCGGAUUCGUUUAAAUCAUAGAAAUUGAGCAAUUUUAUAAAAUUUUACUUAAAUAAGUAUUGACGAGUUUACUGAAUUACUUUGCAAAUGUUUUGUAUGUAAUUAUUAUUUACAUGUUAUAUAAAGGACGACGAUUCAGCACAACUCUGCAUAUGUAGAUACAGUUUUAACAGUUAGAAACCCCAAUCGUGUAUGUCUUGCUUGUCAAUUUUAUAUUGUCGAAAUAGUAAUACCAAUUAUAUCUGAAUAAAGUGACGACUUAGUAAGAUUUUUUGUAAAUUAAGAAUAUGUCCAUCGAUAUAAUAGAUAUUUAUUAAAUUUUUAUAAAUCCGAUUAAUCGAUUAGUGUAAAGGGACUUUGAAGUUUGGUUAUUAAUAACUUUCUUAAUUCACAGGAAUCUGUACUAACGUAACGAUCGAUCACGGCACAUUUACUACUAAGUUGAUGUUGCUGAUUACACUACAAAUUUAAACGCUUUAUCUGGGCAAAGCUCAUCUGUGAUGGUAUGACAUAGUUAGGCUGUGUGGAUCGUAUAUUUUCUCUAUUUUAAGGCACAUUUUUAGACUGUGAACACACCCUAAUAAAAUACCACUAUCUUAAUACUACGCUACUGUUACAAAGUUUUCUUCUACUUAAUGUGCCGCGGGUAUUUAUAUAAAAUCAGUCUUUCCUAACGGAAGAAACAAUUUAAUAUCACAAUUACUAUCGAUAUAAUUUAUUGACUUGACAAACACGAACUUAUACUUGGCAUCGCUAAGCAACAGUUUUAUUUAAUACAGUAUUAUUUAUAUGCUAAUAUCACAUUUAUCACACUAUAAUUCGUAUAUGAAAAUAAAUAUUUGCAUUGCAUUAACUUAUGUGAUAGCAAUACGGAUGUUAUGGUUUUACCCAAAAUAUCAGACCGAUUGACAGUACUUGUUUAUAACUGCAAGAAAACGCAAAUAGAUUUUCGAUGAUUUCAUAUUAUGUACUACAAAUUCACUUGACUCGCUCGACCAAUCGACCGCUCUGCCCCUCUAAACCAAUCGGCACAGAGUAACUAGCACGAAUUUUUGUAUUAUAGUAUAUUACGUGAGUUAUGGUUUCGUUUAAGUAAUUUUUUGUACGGAAAUGUAUUUUGUACGGCACCCCGGUGAGCGUAUUUGCAACUAAAAUACGACAGCGUGAACAUUGAUCGCGUCUAAACUUGGAAUAGUAAAUCGUGUAACCAAGGUAGUAGUAAACUCAUAACCUAUGGGAACACUCAGUACGAAUCUCUUUGCCAAAAGACUAUAAAAAUACUUAAACGUUAACUUACUCGAUACUUGGAGCAAUUCGUGCUCAGACGCUGUCACCACGCGGCACCAAUUAGAUUUUACUGCGACAUCGAUAAUCUAUAAGCGCAAGACUAUUCGCUAUUCUAUCACGGUGUGAGAUACAUACAGUCUGUCUUCGUUGAAGUCUAGUUCGGUGCUCUGUGCUAUGCAGUAUGCUGUAGGCGAUAUGGGGGAUCAAGACUUUCAAUAUAAUGCUUUACAAAUAUGUUGAUGGUUCUCAAUGGUUUUGCUUCCAAAAUUGAAGUCUCGGCUAUAGAGGCCACACAGUAUCUAGCAACUACCAGUACAAUUUUAUUUUUAUACAUUACUACGAAAGCGCCAGACAGGUUCAAAUUAAAAAAAAAAUGUUACUCAAUGGAAAGUUCUAUAAUCAGUAGGUAGUUAGUAAACAAUUAUAAAUUACAUUUAUAGGUUUUUAUAAACCUUGUCACAAAGAAUAAUCCUUAAUUUGAUACUUUAAAUACAUUCAUAUUUUAUAUACUUACCUCAUUUUUUAUAAUAAAUAAAUAUUAACCUUUAAAAGUUAUAGAAUCUUAUGAGUUUUCGUUAUUUAUGACGUAACCUAAGCAAUUUUUUGAUUACAUAUGUUAAAAAUAUAUAUUUGUUUCAAAUCGUAAACUUCAAAUAUUUCUAUCAUUUUUUAAAUGACCCUGAAUCGCCUAUGACUACUGUAUGGUAUAAAAAUGAUUGGUAUUUACGCGAGUCUUUUAGUUUAGCGAUACAUUUACAAACUGCUGAUAAAAAAUAGUACGAACAUGUCUAAGAAUUAGUCAAGUAAUUACUACCGCAACAUAUCUAAGAACUAUUUUGAAAAAAUAAGUCAUAAAUUUAUUCAUCACGUGGGUAACUCGCGCACUUCUGACAUAAUUAUCAGCUGAAAAUUCUUGUUGUUAUAAGCAACACCAGAAAUAUUCACAGUAUUUAUUUUCCUAUAUUUUUGGUACUGGGAAAUAACCUGAGUUCAACGUAUACCUUAUUUACGCAUGUAACGUAAUUUAAGAGCUCGGAUGUGUACUGCACCAUCAGCUUAAACGACAUAUAUUGUGAUAUAUGAUAUUUUAUACCACGGUCGAGCAAUAUCACUGUUUAACAAUCUGCGUAGGAUUAAAAUGACUCAGAAUAUUUAUUAUUAAAUAGUUAGAUUUUCAUGUACGUCUAAUUCGAUUAAACUCAAUGCGUAUAUAUAUAUAAUUAUUCUUGCAUUCAUUUCAAUUUAGUAAUAGAAUACUAAAAAUAAUGGCUUUUCAGCACCUGUUAUUGUUUUCGUUAAUUAAAGUUUUUUUACCUUUCAAUAUUUAUAACAACCCCUUGAUGUGAAUACGUACACUGGUAUCAGUAUUUCCCGACUAUAAAACACGUUGUUUACUAUGUGAUUGUUAAAUUAUGGUACCAUUGCUCGUUUGCAAGAUAUAUUUGGGUUACUUAUGUUUUGGGUAAAUCUGUACUUGAGUGUGAGAGAGAACGAUAUCUUUUACGCCUAAUAUGCUUAUAUAUUUUAGAUACAUACAAUGGUGAAUAACUUGCAGGUGUGACUUUUGUAUUUAUUAGGUAACACAAGUAGAGCGUUAUAAUAUUAUCUACUUUACUUUCAUAAACAAAACGCUUGUAGUCACAGUUCAUUGUUCAUAAUAAUUUAUUUAUAUUUAUGUAAGUAUAUAAUUUACUUUGAUGUCUAUGUCAACUGAGGGAUCAUUUUCCAAUCAUCAGAUAAAAUAUAUUCAUAGGUUAAGUACAACACAAAGGAAUUAAAAAAUGAAAGUUGUAUUAUAAAAUUGUUAAUUUGUCUCGCGUUGUAUACAGUGCAGUUAUAUUUUAUUCGAUGGAUAAGUUUUAUAUGACGAUUGAAAAAUUGGCCCUAAGUAAGGUAACGUUUAGCAAGUAUAUCUAUAUUUUCAAUCAUUAUGACACAUUAGAAAGUCAGUGAAUAUGAACAACCAUUACUUAUGCAAUUUAAGUAUCUUUAUUAUAGACCUUAAUAAUACGACGUACAAUCGCAAUGGCUUGUGAUCGUAAAAGCAAUAGAUACAGCAAUUAAUUUGUCCCGUAUUUUAAAAUUUAAUACCUGCUUAGCUUGCUAAGUUUACCAAUUAGCUUAAAUUCGUUAUUUAGUGUCUUUUCAUAAGUCUUUAUAUUAUCUCGACUACUGUAAUCACUGUUACUUUGUAUUUAGCAUUAUAAUUUGCAAUCCUUCAGCAGGGGUUUUGCAAAAUUCGCAACAUGCAUUUCAUGAACUAAUAUAAUAUUUACCAGUUUUAUAAAUCCUUAUUUGGUUAAAUAUGAACUCAUUUAAUUUGGAAAGGGCACAAAGUCCAUCCCGUAACUGCUUACGAUGUAGUUUCGUGUGGGUGUGGUAUACAUCAUGUACAUUUGUCGCGGUCGAUAUUACACCGUAAUUUAGACAAUUAUUUAAUUAUAUUAUUCAAUUUAAGGUGCCAGUGUUCAUAAUUAUUAAUUUCAGUUAGUCGAAUAAAUUGCUUUCAUAAUCUUAAUCAUUUGCUUCGUUUUCCAUGAAUCAACUAUACCUUUCAUUUUAAUCUUUUAUUCAAUAUAUAAAAUUUAAACCUACUAUUUACUUUUAAGAGUAGAUUGUAAUGUACAUGAUAAAGUUGUAUGUUAGGGCUUAUGUAAGGAAUUUCUAUAUUUAUGAAUUAAAACGAUAAGUAUUUUUAAAUGUAAGACACAUCAUGAGUGUUCUAUGUAAAUGUACAUUUUCAGUUCAAUUAGGUUAAGUGUUAGGUAGUUUUACGAACUGCGCCGAGUCGAGCGAUGCCUUCGUGUUGCCGUGUCGCACUUGCGACUCGGAGCAUAUUGUCCUGCCGUUCGGGCACUGUUACUUCGCUCAGAUUCGCUCGCAGUGCAACGUAAAUACAUCGCCGUCGUAACAUGUCAUGGCAGUUACAGAGGGCCAUAUUUCAGACGCGGAUAAGCACGUAUUUCGACACUCUUAUAAUAGCGCUACGCUUGCAUGGGUGAGGGGCGGGGUGCCUAGAUGAGUCGAUGCAUUGUUCGCGUUUCGCGUUUAAAUGUUACCCGUUGUCAUAGGUAGGAAAUUGAGGAUUAAAAUGAUAUUUUAUAAAGCCAAUUUUAAAAACUUUUAAUAAUUAUCUGUUAUGCAAAUCUUUUAUAUACUCCACAGCAAUCGUAAUAAAUGUAUAUACUUAAAUCGAAUAUGAUAUGCGCCAAAUUAGCCCAUGCCUGUUUAUAAAAAUAUCACAAUAUUUCUCAUUGAGUAUCUUUACAUGUUUGUCGCUUAUUUAAGACAAAGGGCUACAGUCGCUACAUGCAUGAAUUUGCACAGUGUGUGUGAUCAUGGGGGCGUGCAAAAACGAGCUUGUCGUGUCACCAUUAGUUCAGGUCUGUAAACGCUGCAAGGGACGUGAGCUCGCUUCUGGUAAACUAUUCUUCUAUCCCAGUAUGGCUGGCUGCUGACAGUUGCCCGUGCCCGCGUGAUCCAUGCUCAUAGCUCACCUGGUCGCACGGUCGCGGCCACCGGGGUGAAAGAGUACGUACGCGUCGCACACAUUCCAAAAUAACACUAAAAGUAACGCUAUGUGACGCGCGUCGACGAAAGCGUUGCAAUUUGUAAGUUUUAACCACUUUGUUGUUCAUUAACGAUAAGUUAGGUUUAAUCUCUGUCGAUGUUGUUAAAUUUAGUCUGUGUAUAGUAUUCUUUUGGUUAAGUUUAUGUGAGGCGUGAAUUUGAGCGAAUCGACAGGCCUAAGCCUGAUGGGUUCACACUAGCUGGUAAUCAAUAAGUAACCGAGCGAUAAUUUCCGUUGCAUCUAACUUUAUUUCGCGAGCUGUGUUAAUUUUCUUUUAAUUGUCAAUUGUACAUAUAGGUAAGAAGACGAUAAACAGAGUUUUCAUUCAGUCUUAAAUGGUUGUUGUUGAAUAUUAAAUGAUGGGGCUGGCAAAUACCAAUGCAAUUUAGCAUUUGAUGUUGAUAAUUUGAAUAAAGCUUUUGUCUGAUAUGGUAAAUGUAUGGCUAAUUAGUUCUUACUAUUUCGUAAACAGUGAUAAGGUGAAGACCCUGAACUCGGCUAUUUUUGUAGCUGUUUUAAAUUACUGUAUCAACGUUCAGACACAUAAUUUAUUUACAAGUAAAAUUAAGGCAGUCCACACAAACCCAUCUCCGAUACGUGUCUAAUUUGGGGUUCCAUACUCCUUAAUAUACACACCGCGCGCGGAACACAUCCCUCGCAUCUCUCGGUUUAGUAUAUUUUUUGUAAUAUAAUAAGAGUAAAAUACACCUUAAGUUCAGCCACAAAGGCUUGUGAGGUUGCUACCGUUAAAACUGAACGCGAUACAUUUUAACAUCAUUAUUUUUAAAUAAAUACGCUACAUCACUGUUCACAUCACUAAUUUAAUAUGUGAAACAAACACAUUUUUAUGAUUUUAAUUAUUAUAAAUUUUACAAUAUAAUAUUAUCAAUGAAUAAAAAAAAAUCGUUAGAUUGAUUAUCUUUACACGAUAUAUUUUAGACAUCAGUUUAAACGGAGCAACUGACGUUAUCAACCACAGCCACAUUUGUACCAUGUCAUUACCUCACAUUACGUCUUUUAUACAUAAUAAAUAAUAGUUAUUGUUCUAAAUCUUUAAACUUAUUAUUAUUGUAUUGUUUAGAGGUGUCAUUAAGUUUAAAUUUGUAAACACGAUGGUCUAUUUUUAGAUUACAAACACAGAUACAUGUAUGACGGUGUAAGGUCGCAAGUACACCGUCGAUGUAUUUAUUUUCUUGGUGAUCAAUGAAUAUUGUGAGACGCACGUACACGCCGGCGAGCGGCGGUGAGAGCGCAUGCUCGCUCCGUCGCCCGUUAUUGUAGAAAUAAAUGAUAUUUUCGUUUAAAUAA